CUUGUAUCUAACUUCACACAUUGAUGAGAAUUUCCCGUCCAAGGAAAUUAUUGUUCAAUGGCUCGAGAAUAACAUCUCCCUUUCUGUCAGAUUAGCGCACCAAGAUGAAUAAGAUAAUCAAAUCUGGUGGCGGUACGCCCGACGACUUUGAAAAGUCCAUCGGCCAAGCUAUCCUCGAGCUUGAAAUGAACUCCGAGCUGAAGCCACAACUCCGUGAUCUGCACAUUACACGCGCCAGGGAGAUCGAGUUUAACAACAAGAAAGCUGUUAUCAUCUACGUUCCCAUUCCAAAGCAAAAGGCUUUCCAGAAGAUUCAGACCCGGCUGGUUCGUGAACUCGAGAAGAAAUUCUCCGGCAAGCAUGUUGUGUUCAUUGGCGAGCGUAAGAUCCUCCCCAAGCCCACACGUAAGACCAGGAACCCGUUGAAGCAAAAGCGACCACGUUCCCGAACUCUUACCGCCGUCUACGAUGCCAUCCUUGAGGAUUUGGUAUUCCCAGCCGAAAUUGUAGGCAAGCGCAUUCGUAUUAAGCUCGACGGAUCACAGUUGAUCAAGGUUCACUUGGACAAGAAUCAACAAACAACAAUUGAGCAUAAGGUUGACACAUUCACAUCUGUCUACAAGAAGCUCACCGGACGGGACGUUACAUUCGAGUUCCCUGAUCCCUACUUGUAAAGAGAUUUUUACAAAAUAUACAUGAGAAAACAAUUUUUCCUUAAGUGUAAGGAGCGAAAAUAAAAAGUAUAAAAAUUU